UCUCAUUACUCCUAAAGUUUCAAAGAACCUAAAAGUUUGUUGACGGUUUUGGCGUUUGCAGAUGUUCGAAAUUUGAUAAAAGAUAACCUAGUUGUUGAAAUGGCUGGAGCUGCUGAUGAAUUGGUUCUUUUGGAGAGAGUUUUUCUUCGUGUUGGAUCAGCAGAAACCGAUGAGCAAUUACAAAAUGCAGUUUCCAAGUUUUUACCACCAGUUUUACUUAAACUAUCUUCUCAACAAGAAGGUGUUCGUAAAAAGGUGAUGGAGCUACUUGUUCACAUAAAUAAAAGAAUUAAAUCCAGACCUUCUGUACAACUUCCAGUGGAGUCAUUAUUAGUUCAGUAUCAAGAUCCUGUAGCAACUUCUUUUGUGACUAACUUCACCAUAAUUUACUUGAAGCUAGGAUUUCCUAGGCUUCCAGUGGAUAAGCAGCUAGAAUUGGUUCCGUCGGUAUUAAAUGCAAUUGAUUUAAAACCACAGUCCCACCAGGACAGCCUUCUUUUGCUUAUAAUACCAUUACUUGGUAAGACUGAAGUGCCAACAGAUCCAGCAAAGAGAGCUUCAUUAUAUGGUUUGAAUGAAAAGCAGCAGGUUUCUAAGCAUUUAUUAGGUUUAUUAUUGGAUAUGUUGCUGUUACCAUAUGGUGCUUUGGCUCCUCAAAAAUCCAGUGAAGAGCAGAACAGUUCUAAUGACAUUUCUUUGCCAGUACCACCAGGUAUGAGUGAGUAUUCAUUUAAAAGGGUAACUGUUGAUAAUCCUAUGAAACCAGAAGAAUUAGAGGAAAUUAAAGUAGGAAUUGUAAAGUUCCUAGCACAUGGAAUAUUCCCAGAUGAUGAAAUAUUAAUUCAUUUGGUGGUAGCUGCUGCAGAUACUCGAUUUACUGUGGCAAAUCUUGCAGAUUUGGAACUUAAGAAAGUAAUAGGUUCUGUAGAUUGGAGUUCGCCCUUGUUGCCAAUGCCUUUGUAUUUAUUGUUCUUGGGAUCUCAAUCCCAGAAUGUCAAGCCAAAUAUGAAAAAGUCCCCAGCAACUACACGAAUUCGUUUGAAAUUACUCACAUAUUUAGGUCGUGUAACAGGGACAGGUUUUGUGUUACCAGCCAGUAUACAAGUUAUUUUUGAUUCACUUUAUGGAACAAAUACAAAUGCAAAAUUGAAAACGUUGGCUUUAAAUUUUGCCACGAACCUCGUCAGAAGUGCAGAGGAAGCAAGUUUGUGCAAAGUCGCUGCAAUUCUGAUGUCUGGACUCUUAAAAUUGAUUCGUGAGGGAGAACCGAGUCAUCAGAGUCAAGCUUUCAUCAUUAUCGGGAUGAUAGGUCGUAGGUUUCCAUCCGUAGUUUAUCACGACGUAGGGUUAUUGGAGAUGUUUUUCAAAAACCUGGAAACCGCAAAUCCCGAUCUAAAACUGCAGAUACGUGAAGGGCUAUUAAAUCUUAUUUUAGCGUAUAAAUACGACGUGAAUCCCAAAGAAGCAGAUAAAGAUGGUCGAAUGAACAUCCUUUUUGUAUUAGUCAAAUAUUUUGCAAAUUCUGAAGAGCCUAUGGUGCGGUUUGCUGCGGUGCGAUCAGUAGCCACAAUCUUUCCCCCUAAUCAUGUACCUUCAAAGUUUUUACUCUUAAUGUCAACAGGAGACAACAAAGACGACGUUUCUAUGGAAGCUUUUAAAGCUCUGUAUGGAACAGGUCGUAAAAACGAAAUAGAUUUGACUAAAGCAAGGAAAACCAAUGGAGGAAACAGACCUGUUUUACCUCCAUUUGAUGAAAUAACGAAAUACGUUUAUAACGAAGUCGAGAGUAGAGUCAAAGACACCUCCAAGUGUGUUCAUAUCGCUAACUAUAUUUUACCAUUUACAUCCGCAGUCUUUACAGAGAUGAUAAUUUAUUUGCGUUUGUGUUUACUACAAAAUUUAGACAUCCCUCUCACCCGUGAAAUUUUGCGUCAUCCAAACGAAUAUUCUCCCAAAAUUCGUAGCUAUCUGGAAGAGCUGUACAAUGACAAUGAUACUGUCGAAAAAAGCCCUCUAAUUCAGUACGUUACAUUAAUUAGACAACUACUUAUUGCAAAUAUAGCGAUCGAACCAUUAAGUUGUAUGGUCGAAAUAAUCGGGUGUCUCCCUCAGUUGCACAAAAUUCUUCUGUACGAACGCCAGUGGAUCAGAGACCAACUUAAUUCUACCAAAGAAGAAAUACGUGAUAGCAUUUCGAUAUUAUAUGCAAUCAUCGUUAAUGAAUCUUUCGACGAUGAUAAAUUUGAAGAGGAACUUAACUUUUUCGUUUCGCAGACGAGUAGUAAAAAUUUAGAAGUUCAACACGGCGCAAUUUUGGCCCUUUCCAACUUAUUAGAAAGAAGAAUUACCACUAAGCGGACUCCAAAGGAUUUGUUAAAGUGGGAGCUCUUUAAAGAAAGUGUUCAAAAAAUAGUGCAUUUCUUCAGAUAUCAGAAUCCAUUGUUAUUAUCUGCAGCUAGUACAGGGAUUGGCUUGAUAGGCAGGAGUAUUGCGUUGCCCCUUGAAGAUGGUAAGAACAACACUAGCGACAGUCCAGACGCUAAAAGACCUACGAACAGUAAGACAACGAAAUUUAGUGUCGUCAGUUGCCUUUUAGACGUUAUGAAUAACGUUAAAAAUCCAGCGAAACUGAGAGAGUCAGCUGCCAGGUCGCUAGGUCUGCUUUGCGUCGGUGAAAAUUUUCCUCACACCCAAUACGUUAUUGAUGGACUUCUUAAUACCGCCAAAGAAACGAAAGACGUAGAAGUACACUUUACAGUUGGGGAAUCCCUUGUAAUGUGCGUGCAAAGUAUCUGGUCCCCAGAAGCAAGAGAUUACUGGUCUAUUUUACCAGAGGAUCAUACGCCUGUUGAUACAAUGUGUGAACAACCUUCUGAUGAGACUCUAACUGAUUUACUUAAUAAAUUAAUUAACAUGGCAAGUCAAACUCACCCGAACGUCCGCCAGGCGUCUUGCAUAUGGCUUUUGGCACUUAUAAAGCGAUGCGAUCAGAGGGUACCUUUAAAAGAAAAGCUGACUGUUAUUCAGAAAAUUUUCAUGGAAUUUUUGGGUGAAAAUAAUGAUAUUGUCCAAGAUGUUGCUUCAAAGGGAAUUUGUCUCAUUUACGAUAUUUCCAAGUCCGAAGAAUUAUUAAAUUCACUGGUUGAUCAGUUAAUGAUGGGAAGACGGCAAGCCAUGCAAGUUACUAGUGAUACGAAAUUGUUUGAAGAGGGGCAGUUAGGGAAGACGCCCACUGGGGGCAAUCUAACAACUUAUAAAGAGCUGUGUGCUUUAGCAUCUGAUUUAAAUAAACCGGACCUGAUCUAUCAAUUCAUGAAUCUGGCAAAUCACAAUGCAAUUUGGAAUUCUAAAAAAGGUGCAGCUUUUGGCUUUUCUUCUUUAGCAGAGAAAUGUGGCGAACAUUUGAAACCCCAUCUCCCUAAAAUUAUUCCCAAACUAUACAGGUAUCAGUUCGAUCCCAAUCCCAAUAUACAAGCAUCAAUGCAGAACAUAUGGCAUGUAUUGGUUCCCGAAACUCAGAAAACUUUGGAACUAUACCAUAACGAUAUAUUAGACGACUUGAUGUUGAAUAUGAAUUCGUCACAAUUUAGGGUACGUCAGUCUUGCUGUUUGGCCCUUCAGGAUGUCCUCAAGGGAGCUGGUAACAAAUCUAUUCAUGAUUGCGUAGAUCGUUUGGAAGAAUUGUGGACUAAAUUAUUUCGGGUUAUGGACGAUCAUCACGAAGCCACGAGACUUAUAGCUAAUAAGACUGCUAGAGUAUUUAGUAAGUUGUGCAUUCGAGGUUGUGAUUUGAAUCAGGGUAAGGCAGGUGUUCGAAUGGUGCAAGCUGUGUUGCCUGUUAUGUUAAACCAAGGAAUAACCAGUUGUGUAGCCGAAGUUAGAACAGUAAGUUUACAAACGGUCUCUGAAUUGGUGGGUGCUGCUGGUAAUCAACUGAAACCUUUUUUGGUUCAACUAAUUCCUGCCCUGCUACAAGCAACAGGUGAAUUAGAAUCCAGUAAACUGUCAUAUCUCAGCACUUAUUUGGGAGGAAACAGAGAAAUCCAAGAGGAAGUGGAUAGUGUUAGAGCCACUUUUGCAAAGUCACAUUUUACCACAGAAACUGUUACAAAGUGUCUUCAAUACGUUGACAGUUCAAUUUUAGAAGAGCUGACUCCGAAAAUAACAGAACUAAUGAAGGGUUCGUCCAGUUUAGGAUCAAGAAUUGCCUGUGCUCAUUUCAUUACACUUUUGGUGGUUCAAGUUGGACAUGAUUUACAGCCAUACGCGGGCAAAUUUUUGGCGAGCUUAGUCAACGGUCUCACAGAUCGAAAUGCUGCCAUUAGGAAGCACUACGCUGUUGCAAUUGGACAUCUGGUAUCACGAGCUAAAGACUCGAGCAUUGAGAAAUUAUUGGCAAAAAUAAAGCACUGGUAUUUUGAGCGAGAAGAUAAUUCGAUACGAUCUGCGUGCGCCUAUACAAUACAGUCCAUUGGUAAUCACAACCAGGAGAUUUUAAAGCAGUAUUCGAACGAAAUUUUGCCCCUUGUAUUUUUUGCCAUGCACGCCGAAAAAACAGAAGAAACUGAGACAACUAUCGAAACUUGGAACGAUAUUUGGUCAGAAAACAGUCCCGGUAUGGAAAGUGGCAUAAAACAGAACAUUGAAGAAAUUUGUAUGAUUUUGAAAACAGGUUUAGAGUCUCCAUCGUGGACAAUGAAAGCUCAGGCUGCAAAUGCUGUAAGUACAGUAGCCAAUAAACUGGGAACUUCCAUGGGAGCCCAGCAUAGAAAUUCCCUUAUUCAAAUACUUUUGACGGGUUUGAAUGGAAGGACUUGGAAUGGAAAGCAGAAACUUAUGAAUGCAUUAGCAAGCAUUUGUACCAGCUGCAAAGAUUCUCUUAAAAAUGACCAGAAUUUCGAUCCUCAGCCAAUGGUUGAAGCCAUAAUUAAAGAAAGUCGUAAAGACGAAGUAACUUACAAAACUCACGCUCUAAGAGCACUUGGAGAUAUUUUGUCCUCUCUUCAAAUCGACAAGUUUGAGGAAGUUUAUAACAUAACACAGACUCUCUUGAUAUGCGAGGAUUCUGUAUCUUCAUCUUCGUCGUCUUCUUCAGCAAACAAGGAUAAAGACGAGGAAGAAAUGGCUGCCAAUCGAGAUAACAAUAUUAAAGUAAAAGAGGUAGCAUACGAGGUGCUGGGCAAAGCGUGGCCCCAAAACAGCAACGCUGGUACCCAAGAGAAAUACAGAGAACUCUUUGCGAAACAUUGUGUGGAUUGCUUGCCUUAUAAUACGAGAUCAGUACAGGUUUGUGUAAUGGCAGCUCUAAGAGAGUUUGUUGAAAAGUUGGAUUUGUUGGGAAAAGACAAAUUGACUACAGAAGAGGAAGAAGCCCUUGAAAGAAUCCUCGAAAAUGUUUUAAAGGCUGUAACAUUUUCUUUUGGUUAGUAUGGGAUUGAGUAGGAUUUAUACUUUUUAUUUUUUGGUGGGAGAUGAACAAAAUAAAUUAAAAAGAUCGUAUUAUUUUGGAGAUAAAGCAAAAAUCAGGUUAAAUUAAUGUAAUAAGAAAAAAUUGGUAUUAAUGUGCAGAUACCACCUUUAUAUU